AUACAUGUGUGUGCGUGCAGGAGCAGUUCUGUUUUUGGUGGGGUCUGCGUGAGGUGCAUCUUUUUAUUAAAGUCGAAAUGGGAGCUUUACAUUAUGUGUUUGUUCUGGCUAGCACUGUUUUCGUUUCUCAAGCAAAUGGACUCAAAACUUACCGGGACAUGUUCCCUCACAAGCAUUCAUUGUCGAUGAAGUUCCCGCCGAUCCCUGGUUGGAGCCCAGACAGCAACCCGUGGGAUGACUAUAUGUACCCGCCCUUUGGUCCCAAGGAACUAACGCGGAGAAAAGGUAAGCCCGUCAAAGUGCGCCUGACCAGCGACAGUCCAGCAAUCAAAGGUUCUGUGGUGUCAUUCACUGCCAAGCUGGAGUACCCGCCAUGUCAGAAGGAGGACACCAACGGGGAGCUGGUGUGGGAUGAGCACUGUCCAGAUGCUAACAGUCAGCUUAAGUCUGGCUAUGUAUUUAACUGGACCUCCUGGCUAGAUGACUACGGCUUUGGAAAGUGUACUGACCUGAAGAGAUGUAACGUCUUCCCAGAUGGGAAACCCUUCCCUCAGAGCAACGACUGGAGACACAAGGGCUACGUCUACGUAUGGCACUCCAUGGGUCAGUACUCUGAGACGUGUGAUGGCUCCUCUUCCACCCUAACAGUGAACACCAGUGACAUAAUUUUGGGGGCGGAGCUGAUGGAGGUCAUGGUGUACAGGAAACGCGAGCGCAGGAAGUACAGCCCCCUGGCCACCGACAAGGCAGUCUUCUUUGUCACAGACAAGAUCCCAGUGGCUGUGAAUAUUUCCCAGAAGGCAUCAGCCAACCUGUCGGACAGCGUAUUUGUGCGUGGCGAGGAAGUUGUGUUCAGUGUGUCCGUUCACGACCCUAGUGACUACCUGAAGACCGCAGACGCCGUCGACUACAUCUGGGACUUCAAGGACGGCAACCAGCUGGUCACUCAUAGCAACGUAGCCACUCACUCCUACAGUGCGGUAGGAGAUGUCAACGUGAAGCUGAGGGUGGAAGCGGCGUUCAAGAUCCCAUGUCCUCCACCCACGCAAACUACAGCGGCCCACACACCUCCCCCUGGCACUCACGCCAUCACUCGCAAAAUGGAGACAACCCAUGGUUUUGUGCCAGUCACCACUGCCAGACCCGCCUCCAACACACCUGUUCCUAUGACUACAGGCUUCCCGACAACAGAGCCCCUCCCCCCGACGGUUGCUGAUGUAACCUUGGCGCUGUUCAACCCGAUACAACUUUUUGCACAGUUCUUGCUAGCUGGCCCCACCCCCAUGUCCCCGCCCACUGGCCCUACCCCAAUGUCCCUGCCGGCUGGCCCCACCCCCAUGGCCCAGCUCCGCUACGCACAUCUGGCAGGCAAUGAUUGCUUCCGGUACUUCUACGGAACCUUCCAGACCAACAUCACCAUUAUUGAACCCAAGCACUUCAUCAACAGCCAGCCAGCCAAUCGGAUCCUGGACGUGUUUGCUGACAAGGUCACCAACACUGACAUAAGCUUCCUAGUCAAGUGCCUGGGCAGCACUCCCACCUCAGCCUGCACCAUCGUCUCGGACCCCUCUUGCCAGCAGGUGAGGAACAUCGUGUGUGAUGACGUGCCCCCAUCGUCGGAGUGCGAGGUGCGCCUGCGGAGGACCUUCCUGGAGCCAGGGACCUACUGUGUCAACAUCACCCUGGAGGAUGCCAGCAGUCUGGCCCUCACCAUCACCACCACCAUCACCAUAAGCAACACUGACCCUGACACACCCGAGUCUAAAGCUCCUCAUGCUGCAGAGGUUGUCCUCUCCUCCAGUGCUAUUCUGGUAGCCAUCUUUGCCUUCACUGCCUUCAUGGUCUACAAGCGCUAUAAAGUCUACAAGCGGGUGAGGAGGUCCCUGGUGGAGGACGCCAGUGGCCAUGUUGGUGUUGGGGGUCAUAUGGGCCGGCUGAGGAAGGUAAUAUUCCCCACCAACGAGGAGAGUCGCCGCCUGCUGUCGGACAGACACCCCAUGUAGACCCAUCGAUGGUACUACAGCCAUAGGCUGCAAAUUUGGGGUGUGAAACAUUUUGAAAGGUGCAGAUAGAAAUAACUGGAUUCGCUUUCGUACCUGACAGACAAGCAUAUCUGUUCUACACAAUACAUUUCUAUCUCAAUGUUCUGCAACUUUAUAUAAUCCUUAACAGGCCCCAGGAUUUUUACUCAGAGGUUCUUCAGUACCAAGUUUAAUUUUAGCACGUUCAUAAAUGCAUCACAAAGAAGAUAUCUAUACCAAUAACUAAGAGAACUAACAACUGUUAAUAAGAUAGCAAGAGGAACAUUUAACUUUUGAUAAUAUGAAAAUACUCGUGCCUUUUCUGUUUAGUUGACUUUGUUGUAGAAAAGUAUGUCUAUAUGAAGUCUACACCCUCCUUGGAUUUCUUCACAUUUUGUGUUACAAAGUGGGAUUAAAAUGGAUUUCAUUGUAAUUUGUCAACAGCCUACACACAAGGGUAUAUAUUUUAAAGAUGAAUGAAAAAUAAAACACUAACAUACCUUGAUUGGA